AUGAAUUUCCGUGACGAUUACUUGCACGCAGAACCGUUGUACUGGACUAUUUUCACUCCGGAAACAUUUCUUUGCGUCUCUAUUGUCAGACGGGCCGUUUUCGGUGUUACACAAAACAAUCACAGGUGGUUGAAAAAUGACUUGGAACGGUUUCGGCUUUCGUCUGAUAGAUUUCGUGUGGAUCUGAUUCGAUACGGAAAAACCAAACAGAAUCUCAUACGCGACGACUGGUUGUGCGCAUUUGACGUCCCAAAGAGGUGGUUCUGGCACUUCUACGCCACGUCGCUUGUUUGGAAUGGUUUUCUAUUGGCUUUCAGCUUGAACGUGACUCUACGACACCAUUUCUAUCCCAACUGGCUGACCGGCUUAAUAAAUGUUCUAUCUGGCUCAUUACACACGGGAAAUCAAGGUCUGCAUGUUAGCACGGUGUUGCUGCAGCUGCUGCUGUGGUCGCAUUCUCUCCGGAGGCUUGCGGAGUGUCUCUGCGUCAGCGUUUUCUCCGACGCCGUCAUCCACCUGCUGCAGUAUGUCUUCGGCCUGGCUUACUACCUCCUGCUGGGGUUGACUGUGCUCUGCUCGGACCACCAAACAAAAGCAAGUGGGUCUCUCUUAUCCCAACUGAAGUGGUUUCACCUGGUUGGGAUUGCACUUUUCGUUGCGGCCUCUGUGCUGCAGCAUCAGUCCUUAGUGCUUCUGGCUGGACUCCGUACUGGAAAGUCAGGAAGUGUGGAAACGCUGGCUCACCGGAUGCCAAAGGGCGGCUGCUUUGAGCUGGUGUCGUGCCCGCACUACUUGGCCGAGCUGCUCAUUUACGUCUCGCUGAGCCUGGUCGCCGGUGGUCUUUCGCUCACCUGGUGGCUGGUGGUCCUGUAUGUACUCUUCAACCAGGCGCUGGCCGCGCUUCUCUGCCACGACCACUACGUGGGCAAAUAUCCGUCCUACCCGGCACGCAGAAAAGCAUUUAUACCUUUUGUGAUGUGAUUGUGGCAUCGAGUGUGUGUAUAAUGUAUAUUAUGAUCAAUUCAAUUGUAUGUAUUUAUUUUGUGCUUUUUCAGUAAGUGUUGUCAAUGAUAACAGCCAAACAAUUUUUAAAUACAGUCUGGUUAUUGCUUUGAUAAUUUUACGAACUACUGAUGCAAGUGUGCCGAUCAUGUGAUAUGAGUCAUUCCUUUGAAUGAAAGCUUAUUGUGUAUUUUUAUGGAAUAAAAUAAUUGUACAAGCUA